ACGUCGGCACUCGUGGUGGACCGAGCUUGGAAUCGGGAUAUUGCACUUUUUCGCUUCCUAGAUACCUUUUCUCUCAUCCAAACGCGCUCUCUCGAAUCUUACCAAAUAUCUCUUUCCCUUCUUCUUCUUCUUCUUAGAUCCGAUAACGGAGCCGAAGUUCGUAAUUGCUUGAGACAUGCCCCCCUGAAACACGCUACAGAACGCCGUGAUUUUGUGUCUAGCUAAGCGAUGGGUGAGGAGGACAAGAUGGCUGACAGCCAUGGAGCCGGAGGGGAUGACGACCGAGUGGCCGAGUGGGAAGCGGGUUUGCCCUGCGCCGACGAUCUUACUCCUUUGUCUCAGGCUUUGAUCCCCCUGGAGCUUGCCUCGGCGUUUAGUAUCUCGCCCGAACCCUACCGUACCGUCCUCGAUGUCAACCGGGCCUCGCAGACUACGCUCUCCACUCUCCGAGGGCAACACUCCUCCAAGGCGACCAGCGAUAACUUCAAGUCAUUCAAUGAGGGACGAGGCGGUGACCCUAUGGCCAUUGAGGAAGCGGAUGAGAUUGCAGAUCGGGAUGGGUCCGGAUCCGGUUCCGGUUCCGGUUCGGGACAGCGGAAAUCUCGGAGGAUCGAUUGUGAGGAACUGGAAGCCGAUUCGGUUCUACGUGCCGAGAACGCGAGCGACGACCCCUCCUCCGCCGCCCGGACCUUGAAACGGCCCCGUUUGGUGUGGACCCCGCAGCUUCACAAGCGGUUCGUGGAUGUGGUGGCCCAUCUCGGGAUCAAGAGCGCGGUUCCGAAGACGAUCAUGCAGCUUAUGAACGUGGAGGGUUUGACCCGCGAGAACGUGGCGAGCCAUUUGCAGAAGUACCGCCUUUACCUUAAGAGAAUGCAGGGAUUGUCGAGCGAGGGCCUCUCCUCCUCGUCAGACCACCAGCUCUUCGCGUCAACGCCAGUGCCUCCCCAAAGUCUGAACGAGGCUGCCGUCGGGAGCUUUCACGUGCACGGAAAUGGCCACGUUCCUAUGCCGAUUCCGAUGCCGUACCCGCCGCCACAGAUGAUGCCAAUACCCGUUCUCGGCGUAGGACACAUGGGUAUGCCUGUGGGGAAUCAUGGGUUCGAGUCGCACAAUCCGUACAAUAUGUUGGAGCAGAGGGAUUGGUCGGGAAACAAUAUUCACAACUACGGUUCGAUGCUAUCGUACCCUCAUGUUGCGCCUAAUGAUAAAUGAACCCCCUCCAAAAAAAAAAAAAAAAAAAAAAAGAAAGAAAAAAGAAAAGAAAAGGGGGGGGUUAGGUUAUAUUUCUCUAUUAAACUUAUUAUUUGCUGUUUUAUUUUCUUUCAUUUUUUUGAAGAAAAAUAUUUAUUGUGAGCUUAUGCUAUUGGAUUAUGAUAACGGACUUCGUAUCUUACUUAGUAAA